AAGUUUAAUAAUCGUACAUUUGGUUUAAAAUUAUUAUAAUGACGCAUUGCCUCUAAGUCUAGACGUGUGCCCUUCUAGCAAAAGUAGAAUAGGUUCCCCCUAUGAGGGUUGCUUAGAUCAAUCCACUCUUCCGUAGCAGGCUUUCCGAUUUGGAAAUCGAAUUAUCAGAGACAAUUGUUUAGUUAAGAACAAAGUCAAUUUGCAUAGGCACUUGAGCGAAGGCGAUCGCUAACAUAGGGCUAUAUUCAUUCACGUCAAGUAUUCGAUGCAUAAUAAUUCGCCAACCUGCGAAAUAUCUUUGCCGAGCACUCUUGAAGUUUCCAGUCCUUUUUGAAGGUCACGACUCGUGCGCAAGUGUGUCGAUUGUAGAUUUCCUGUGAUAGAACUCCUUCAGCCCCUUUUCUAAUCACCCAACGGAUGGCAUUACACGGAGAAACAUGUUUUAUUGUGGCAAUAUUAGUUAUCGGAGUCCACUCUGAGAUUGCUACGUUCAAUAUGGGAGGCGUCACGGGCAAUAUAAGCUUCACAAUAAGUAAUGGCGGCGGUUACAAUAUAAUCACAAGCCUGUCAGGAUUACAGUAUAACUACAGUUGGUCAGUACAUCAGUUACCAAUGUUUUACAACACAGAGUCGCCAUGUUUAGCAGUCGGUGAAGUAUUACACAGCUUUAGCGAUGAGUUUGGGGAACCCUUGCCCGCAAAUACUCAGCCAUAUAGUAGAACUAGCACUUUAAAUGACAUGGUGGUGGAUAGAUCAAUUGUCUUGUCAAGAGAUGGUAGUCAUGAACUCAUCUGCGCGCAUAUCCAUCGUGACACAGCAGACGUCAUCACCGCUGUUGCAACGUUUCAGGAACCUUUUGCAGGUACAAUCAUGUUUCGUCAAGCCGCUGAUAACAGUGCGGACAUCACGACGUUGUUUGUGGAUCUGUACGAUACUGUCGCACCAAUUGAGUCUGCAGUUUAUAGUUGGCGUGUGGCAGAUUUCAGUGGUGAAGUUAAUACAAGUUUGUCUCCGGAUAUGAUAUGUGACCAAGUCAUGUCCAGCGAGCCAUUUAACCCAAAGAAUGUUAAUGUAGAUUUUUGUGAUAAAAUAGAUUUGAAAAACUGUGCCGUCGGUGAUCUAACUGGCAAAUUUUCUGAUCUGACUGUCCAACCCGUUGCUUCAAAUAUAAAGUACUUUUUCAACGAUCCUGUUUUGCCUCUUUCUGGAAGUAGUUCCAUUCUACAAAAGAUACUAGUGCUGGAAAGCGAGGCGAACGUAAGCUCUUGUGCAUAUGUGAGAAAACUCGUUGGCAAAGAAGUCACGGCAAAAAUUGAUUCUGAUCACGUACAAGGUUCAUUCAUAUUCCGACAAACCUCUCCACUCGACUACACAAGUGUGCAAAUCAAUUUGCACAACAUGCGGUCUAUAGCAGGUGGCUUUCACGUGCACAAGUUCCCAGUUCCACAACGGUUUAGCGCAGAGGACCAGAUCUGUAGCGAUGCAUCGGUGUCUGGUCACUUUAACCCAUAUGAUGUACCAAAAAAUGCGAAUUACCCCGCUCCAGCCAACACUACGCAAGAUAGAUACGAAGUGGGCGAUCUCAGCGGAAAAUAUGGUCUUUUAACCGGUUAUAAUAACCUAAUGACAACGUACAUGGACUGGAACUUGCCAUUGUAUGGACGCAAUAGUAUCAUAGGGCGGUCAGUUGUUAUUCACUUUUCGUCGGAUGGUUCCCGAUGGGUAUGCGGAACAAUUGGCUACCCUGGUGAAGUUAAAACCGUAUAUGGAAAAUUCCAGACUCCUGUCGUCGGGAGUAUAAUGUUUCGGCAGUUGGUUGACGAUCCGUUGUCGGAUACGUCAGUCUUCAUUGAUGUUACCUAUGCAAACGGGUCUCCAACCACCUCCAACCACAAUUGGCAUGUGCAUAUUUCAAAGGUGGGUAGUGAUAUGAUGACAGACACUGAUGUUUGUAAAAGCUGCAAAGGACAUUCCAAUCCAUUCAAUGUGUAUUUAGACAAUUACUCUGGAUGCAAUGCUGAGUUCCCGAUGAGGUGCGAAGUCGGUGACUUGUCGAAUAAACAUGGAAAACUAGCUAUCGCCGAAUCAAUGAACACAAAAGUAGGAAAGAUAUUCGGCACUGAUGUACAGCUUCCUCUUUCAGGAUUUGGAACCAUUGAAUCUAUGAGUAUUGUCAUCCACGUUGCAGAUUCAGGUGCUCCGCGUAUGGCCUGCACCAAUCUCUACACUCUGGAACCAAAGGUACUUAGUACAGGAACAUGGACAGAAGGUCCGGCGAAUGGAGAGAUGCGAUUCACGCAGAAUUCCAAAUACGAUUUGACAAAAUCUGAAAUAAAUAUGCAGAACCUCGGAAAUUUAGCCGGAGGAUAUCACGUACAUCUACUACCAGUACCAAUGAAAGCGGAAUCGCCUUGUAGUGUCAUGUCUGUUCAAAACCACUUCAACCCAUUUAACGCCUCAACUCCAGCAAAUGGAACAGACGAUAUGUACGAAGUCGGUGAUUUAAGUAAUAAAUACGGUUCAUUUGCAGGCGUAGACAGUGUGAAUGCAGUGUAUCAUGAUGCUAAUCUACCUUUGUUUGGGCCUCUCAGUGUCGUUGGUCGAUCGAUCGUUAUCCAUAGGAAUGAUGAGACUGGUUCCCGGUGGAUGUGUUCAACAUUGGAGGAAGAACUUCCAGAGGGAACAUUCGUGAUCGAAGCUGAGUCAGAAAUGAAUGGUGAAAUGUUCUCCGGUUACAUCAAAAUGCGACAAGUGCACUAUGGAAAUGGGCUGCUGGGUGAUACAACUAUUGAGCUAUCUAUGUCACCACUAAUUGGUAACAAUGAUGACACUGAAGUAACAUGGCAUGUGACAACAGCUAAUAGUGGUUGCCAUGGUGAUGUUGAAACCUACAAUCCAUAUGGCUUGGAUGUUACAAAGGCAAAUUAUAAUGAACAGUGUGGAUUAUCUAGUCAGCUUAGAUGCGCAGUCGGAGACCUCGCAUUAAAACAUGGGAAGUUCAGCACAUCUUUAACAAGUGCCAUCUUUAACGAUGUGAACCUUGACCUUUCAGGCCGCUCAUCAGUCAUUGGACAUAACAUAUAUCUAACCGGCUCGAGCAACAGCAAAAUAAGCUGUAGCACCUUGGUGCCGACAUCAUCAACCGGAAAACUAAUGUCACUCACCUUCCCACAUAUACAACAAUUUGAUGCAUACGAUUUCAGAGAAACCUUAUCAACAAAUGUUGAAUCCGUGGAAAUGUGGCAAAUUGUAGCAACUCUUGAUCCAAAGGAUGCAGAACAAGUGGAGUGCAAGGGAAAAUGGAUGACGGUGGAAUUCUGGAUUUUAGGAGAAAACCGAGACGAGGUCGCCAAUGAUAUCAAAUAUGCGGCAGAAAAAAAUGAACUGGGUAAAAAAUACUCGACUUGCAAUCCAGGUACUGGGCCUACAUUUUCUGAUAUCAUUUGUUUUUUCUUACACAUGUUUGAAGAUCACGGUAGCAAUGGUGAACCAGCUGAUUGUGAAUUUCACAAAGAUGUUUUCACCUAUUUACAAGAAAUAUUUAAUGAAUAGAACAAAUAAAUUAUUUAAAUAAUUAUGAUGAUUUAGUUUGAAGGGAAUAAUAAGGAAUAUACACAAAUAUUUAUUAAAAUGUCAAUAAAAUUCUA